CCAAUCGCGUUGCGAAUCGUGGUACAGUAACUUCAGCGCUGUCAAGAGAGCUCAGAAAAAGCGUCAGCUGUUCUGUUUGAUGUAACUUUGGGACAGAGACCAUCAGUUUUGACCACAGACAUGGCAACAGCUCAGUCAGUGUUCUCUGUGGCUGUGAGCAUUCUGCUCAUCGCAGAGCUGAUUCUGGCCGAGAAAGAUUACUACGAGAUCCUGGGUGUACCCAAAGAUGCAUCUGAUCGCCAGAUCAAAAAAGCCUUCCAUAAACUAGCCAUGCGGUAUCACCCUGAUAAAAACAAAAGCCCUGAUGCAGAGGCAAAGUUCAGAGAGAUUGCUGAGGCAUAUGAAACAUUAUCAGAUGACAACCGGAGGAAGGAGUACGACCAGACAAGGAGCCGUCCGUUCUCCAGGGAGGGCCCGAGAGGAGGCGGGGACCACUUCCGUCAACAUUUUAGCUUCAACUUUGACGAUAUAUUCAGAGACUCUCACAUGCAUGGACACAACCCUCACGUGCACAAUAAAAGACAUUUCGAGAGCCACUUUCAGGCCCACGAAGAAGCACACAGGAGGCACUUCCAGAACUCUUUCGGCAGUGACAUGUUUGAUGAUGUGUUUGAGAAUAUGGAGAGGAUGUUCUCUUUUAAUGGACACCAGACUCAGACUGAAAACAGGUUUCACAGAUCCAGCAGGCAGCACUGUAGGACUGUCACACAGCGAAAGGGUAACAUGGUCACAACAUUCACCGACUGCUCUUGAGUUAAUGUGCACGUGGAAAUGUCUUCCAGUUGUCUUCAUUGAAAUGUUUUGGAUCAGUACUGAUGACCUUAUGCAAGAAUCACACAUUACUGGACCAAACAUCCUCAGUUCAGGGAUCCUAAAUCUGACUUUAUACAAAAUGCACCAUUCACAACAUAUUCAUAAUGUCAUCAACAGUUUUCAACAUAAACACAUGGCGACCUGACCAGGUAUUCUUACAAUUUUAGUAUAUUUACAUGAACAUGUAUUAUUUCAUCAUUUAUUUUUGGCCCUUUAAGUAUAUGUUUUAUUUUGGCAUUUAUAAACUUAAAGGGUCUUUCUGUUCUUUUGUUAUGAAGUCAAGAUUUAGGGUCUUGAAGUAUAUCUCACGGUAAAAGGCUUCCACGUUUAAAUCUGAGGCUUUAAAACACAAUUGUGUUUACCAUGAAGUGCCGCUGCAUGUCUUAUUUGUGAUUUUCAGCCUGUUUUAACUUAUUUCUGAAGAUCCUAGAACCUUGAAGCUGUUUGACACAAAAUACGUGAUCACUAGAAAACAUUUAAAGUGGGCAUGUCCUUUGUUUACAUAAUUUGUAUAUCUUCCAUCUUGGCUAACAUGACACCAGAGCAAGUGGCUCUUUAGAGGGGGAAGUCCCUUACAUGUGCAAUAAUUAUUCAAAUCUUCCUAAUAGAGGGAGGAUCCUGUUAGCUGUAGGGAUUUCCUGAAAAAAAAAAAAAAAAAAAAAGCAGCCAUAUGAUCAAAUGAAAAGCUGUGCUUAAAAAAACGGUUACUGUUUCUCGCUUUGCUAUCAUGUUAAAUUUCCAUGUUAAUAGGAAGGUUUGAGCAACUACCUGAGGCAGUUGUACAAAACGCCAUGUACAAUCAUUCAUUUUCAUAUAAAUAACAAUUGAAAAAAAAAUUGUACACUCCUUGUACAGGUAGUUCUGUAAAUGUGGAUAUAUUUAUUUGGCUGUCCAAACAUUUUAGCCAUAGCAGCAUAACCCAUCUCUCAGUAGUUUAAUCUGAAUGCUUGUAUUUCCAAUAAACAAUUACCUCAU